AUGCUUGUUAUUGCAUUGACUGACAAUAUUGUUAAACCAGUUUCAUGCACCAGCAAUUUCAGUACUACCAGAUGCUCAGAGACAGAGAGGAACGCAUUUCUCAGCUUCAAAGAGGGCCUCACAGAUCCCUCAGGUCGUCUCUCUUCUUGGAUUGGCCAAGAUUGCUGUCAAUUUAGCACAUAUGAUGAAGGAGAAAGAGCAACCUACAACACCAAGACUGCUUUGGGAGGUGAAGUAACUCCUUUGUUUAAACUGAAACACUUGAUUUACUUUGAUCUAAGCUUGAAUGAUUUUAACGGAAGCCAGAUCCUUGACUUCUUGGGCUCUGUAAAGAAUUUGAGGUAUCUGAAUCUCUCCUUCUCCUCAUUUAGUGGAGCAGUUCCGACCAAUCUUGGUAACCUCUCAAAUUUGCAAUAUGUUGACCUGAAUGCAUAUUCAUUUUCUAUGCAAACUUUUCUCAAACAGCAAAUGGACAGCCUACAGUGGCUUUCCCGUCUCUCAUCUUUGAAAUACCUUGGCAUGAGGUUUGUUAACCUCGAAACAGCAGGAUCAAAUUGGCUACAAGCCAUUAACAUGUUGUCUUCCUUGCAAGAGCUGCACUUAACUGGAUGUGGACUGGUUAAUCUUCCUCUGCUCUCACUUUCCUCCAUUAAUUUCAGCUCUCUUUCACACCUUGAUCUAUCUUACAAUAACAUCAAUUCCACCAUACCUCACUGGUUGUUCAACAUGAGUGGCCUUAGGAUGCUCAAUCUUGCCGACAAUCGUCUUCGAGGUGACAUUCCCGAUGCAUUUGUUAACAUGGUUUCCCUUGAAGAACUUGAUCUUACAAAUAAUGUUGAUCUCCAAGGUCAAUUGCCAACAACUUUGGGACAGCUCUUCAAUACGCGUAGAUUGGAUAUGUGUUGUAAUAAUAUUAGUGGCAAAGUUCCAAGAUCAUUUGGAAACCUUUGCAACUUGCAUAUAUUUAAUUUGAUGGGCAACAAAAUAAGUGGAGAGAUCACUGAUUUUGUGGAUGGAUUAUCUAGAUGUGUCAAAACUAGUCAGCUGGAAUAUCUUGAACUUGGUGCUAACGAACUUGGUGGAACUUUGCCAAUUACGAUUGGAGCACUUGUCAAGUUGGGAUAUCUUUGUCUUUCAGUAAAUUCCAUUUGGGGUACGAUUCCACCAUUUAUUGGAAAUUUGUCAUCCUUGAGAAUUCUCGAUGUUACUCAGAAUAAAAUGAAUGGAACCAUUCCACAGAGAAUUGGAAAACUUUCAAUGCUUACUGUAUUGUUCCUUAGAUGGAAUUCGUGGGAAGGCACAUUGACAAAAGCUCAUUUUUAG